GAUAUCUAUAUUUUCAUUCAUGUUUUGAAAGGAAGUCAGCCAUAAUGACGAUGUAAAGUACCUCCUUAAAUCACACACAAGGUGAAUAAUCACUGAUUUGUUUGUUUCGUUAAAUUGUUGUUUACGUUAGCGGGAAUUCAAGUAGAACGCAUGUAGAUAUAUUGCCUUAUUGUCCACAUCCGGAACAAAUAUGUUUAUUGCGAAAUGUAGACCUGAAAAAGUUUAGUUAACUGCGUCAAUCACCAUGAUUCUUUGGAGUAUUCAUCGAUCUAUGGAUAUUGCAACACCUAACACCUGCUCCAGGUCUCAGUGUUAGUUGCAUUGCUGUGAAACCCGAGUAUGAGCUUGAAGAAAAAACAGGUGGAUUGUGUGAAACAACAAGCGAUGAACAUUUUAUCGAUGAUGAGGAGACAAGAUGAUAAAUUAGAAGACAAAUUGAAAAAAUUCGUUAAAAAGGAUAAAGCCACGGCUAGAAGGACUCUUGAGACGGAUGUGGACGGGUGGACGCCUGUCCACGCAUGUGCAUUAAAAGGAAGCAAACAUCUUCUGAAAGUCAUGAUUAGUGCUGGAAUCGAUGUGAAUUUUCGAAUGGGACAACCCGAGGGACUUCCUGGGGGUUGUGCCUUACUUCACAUAGCAGCUUACAGGGGAGAUGUUAAAAUAUGUAAAUAUCUGAUAUCUCGUGGUGCUCUGGUGGAUAUCGAAGACAAUUAUAACAGGACUCCGUUAUAUUACGCAUUUAAAAAGCAACAUUCUCGAGUUAUCGAGUUACUGAAACAGAAAGGUGGUGAACUGACAGUGGAGAAUAAUGAAACAGAAACAAUGAUGGUGGACGAAUGCCCCACACCGCAGCCCACGACACUAGGCUUUUGUUUCUUUACACAUUUCAAAAGUUGAAUUGGCUGUGUUUCAUAUUAUGUUAAUAUCGUAUUGCAUAAAAUUGAUGGUGGAUUUUUAUUUUUAUGAAUGCAGUCACCAGGAGCUUCAUGCAUUUUGUGAUACGGAUACGAUCAAGGUCAUUUUAAACUUCUGUCCAGAGAGGAUAUUGAAAGUGUAUGUUAUAAAUCACGGAUCCUGUUUAUCAUUUCACAGAAAAGCCAUUGAUUUUUCAGGAUGUCUCCAAAUAUGAAUCCACAAGGGUUAUUAAACUGAUUAAAUUUA